AUGACCCCCCCGGACCCACAGCCCCCGGCUCCCGGUCCUCCUGCUGCCCAGCCCCCGGCCCCCCAACCCCCGGCUCCCGGCCCUCCUGCUGCCCAGCCCCCGGCCCCCCAACCCCCGGUUCCCGGCCCUCCUGCUGCCCAGCCCCCGGCCCCCCAGCCCCCGACCCCCCAACCCCCGGCUCCCGGCCCUCCUGCUGCCCAGCCCCCGGCCCCCCAACCCCCGCCCCCGGCUCCCGGUCCUCCUGCUGCCCAGCCCCCGGCCCUGGAUGGCGGGUAUGGCUGGGUGGUCUUGGCAUCCAGCUUCCUGGCUCUGCUGUUAGGGUACGGCUCUCCUCAGUCGGUGGGCGUCCUCUACCCCGAGUGGCUGCUCACCUUCAGGGAGGGGAAGGCCAUGACGGCGUGGGUUGGCUCACUGGUGGUCGGAAUCGGACUCAUACUGGGUCCUGUCUGCGGCGUUUGUCUGGUGAAUUUCGGCGUUCGGCCCAUCACCAUCUUCAGCGGUGUGAUGGUGGCGGGGGGGUUGAUGCUCAGCGCCUUCGCCCCCAACAUCCCCUUCCUCAUCUUCUCCUACGGCGUUGUUGUUGGUGUCGGCCUCGGUCUGCUGUACGCCGCCACCGUCACCGUCACCUGUCUGUACUUUGACAAGAAGAGAGGCCUGGCGCUGGGAAUAAUGACCACAGGUGCGAGCGUGGGCGGCGUCCUGUACGCCGAGCUGCAGAAGGAGCUCAUCGACCUGUUCGGUCUGGACGGCUGCCUGCUGGUCGUCGGGGCGUUGGCGCUCAACAUGGUGGCGUGUGCCGGCUUCAUGCGACCUUUGACCCCGCCCGGGUACUACCUCAAACAGCGCGCCGCCGUCCUGCAGCAGCUUCAGGAGGAGGAGGAGGACGAGGCGUCCAAUCAGAAGCCUUCAUCCACAGAUCCAGUCAUCACCAUGGAAACCAAGGACCCGCUGACACACACACACACACACACACACACACACUCACACACACACACACACACACACACACACACACACACACUCACACACACACACACACACACACACACACACACACACACACACACACACACAAUAACGAUGAACAAUAAUCAGUUUGGAUUAUUAAAACUGGUCUUCUGUCUCUUCAGGUGUUUGUCCUCCAUGUUGUCUCUCCUUCAGGACCAAGUCCUCGCGGCGUUGUGCGUCUGUCUCUUCCUCUUCAGCCUCGGUAGGUCUCCUUCUCCUUCUUCUCCUUCUCCUUCUUCUUCUCCUCCUUCUUCUCCUUCUUCUCCUCCUUCUCCUUCUUCUCCUUCUUCUCCUUCUCCUUCUUCUCCUUCUCCUUCUUCUUCUAUCAGUGAAUGUGUCUCGUACCUGGACCUCCAGGUGCUGUCGGUGGUUCUGGGCUUCAUGACGGGGAACUGGGCUCUGACGCCGUACGUCACCAGUCAGGUGGUCGGCGUGGAGAAGCUCGCCGAGGCUCACGGGAUGCUCAUGUUCUUCGGAGGCGUCGGCACCAUGCUGGGUCCUCCGGUCGUAGGUUGUUUCUACGACUUCAGUCAGUCCUACGACGUCGCCUUCUACCUCAGCGGCGGCUGCAUGAUGACUGGCAGCCUCGUCCUCUUCCUCGCCGCCAUCCUGCCGCGACCUGAAACCCCUCCUCCUCCUCCUGAGGCUGAGCUCAUCAGCUGUACGGUCACCACGGCAACAGAUGCCGGAUCCAGGAGCUGA